AUGAGCCAAGCACAAGGUUAUGCGAUCCACGAUCCGGCCAAGUGGACGGAUUUCAAGGUGGAGUCGUUUGAUCUCAAACCCGAGACGGACGAUGAUGUGACGUUGCGCAUCACGGCGUGCGGAGUGUGCGGAUCCGACGUGCACACCAUCACUGGAGGCUGGGGAGAGUUCAACACGCCCUACGUCAUUCCAGGACACGAGAUCAUCGGAGUGGUCACAUCCGUAGGCAAGAAUGUGCCAGGAGGCAUCAAGGUGGGCGAUAGGGUCGGCGUGGGUGCGCAGGUUGGAAGUUGCGGAACGUGCUUUCCUUGCAAAGAGGGCGAUGAGCAGUACUGCGUCGGAGAUGACAAGACGGGAAUGGGCGUCAUCGACACGUACAACGCAAAGUAUCCCGAUGGAGCCGUUGCGCAAGGAGGCUACAGCAGCGCCAUUCGCGCCCAUCACCAGUUCGUCUUUCCCAUUCCCGAUCAAAUCGUAGACGAAGAUGCAGCGUCGAUGCUG